UGUACCGACAUGCACAAAAUAGUCGUUGCCACCCCAUCGCUUACAUAUAAGUACAUAUUUAUUAAUUGCCAAAUACAUAGUACUUAAUUUUAUUCGCUUGUUGUAUUAACUUUCACGUGCUGGAACUUCGUCGUGGCAUGAAAAAACAUUUUUGACAAAGAAACAGUCACCCUGUUGCAAGCUAAUGUUGUAAAGAAGCGGAUCCAGGAGCUGGCAACCAUCACCAUGGAAAAUCUGCGUUUUCUCCCGCCAAGGGCGCAGCCUCUAUUUCUGCUGCUCCUGGUGCUAUUGUUUUUCUUUCCUUCCAGCACAGACGCGCUCCUCCAGUUGAAGAAGCAGCAUAAACCAGGAAAUAAAGGCAGAAGCGCGACAACUGCUGUUCUCACGCAGGAGCGGCCAGCCUCGCUCUUAACUCGUCGUGGGCGUGGUGGGAGUAAAAAUGAUAGACAAGUAGUAGGACCCUCAGCAUCCAGCAUAGGAUUGAUGCUCCAGAAGGACCUCCACGGCGAUCCGAUUCUUUUAUCUGCAGGGCGACGUUCUGUUGAGGAAAAGUACAGUGAAAUAAGAGCCGGCGACGAGGCGGGAGGAGAAAGACCCAGCAGGCUACUAAUUUUGGAUUCAACCGAGGGAGUAGACAAGCGCAGAGACCAGUCGGGCUCAUUUACGCUUGAUGGCAG